AUGCUCAAAUUGGCGUUGUUCUUAACCCUUUUUGGGUUGAGGUUGGGUUUGAAUUGGGAUACUCAAGAUUUUGCGAAUCGAUGUAAGGAGUUUUUCAGGAAGAUUUUUUUGAUAAGUAUUUUUGGCAAUUACUGAAUGGGAACUUCUUAAAGGGAACGGUUCCCAUUCUUAUGGGAACUAAAAAUGGGAACAUAUUUGCAUUAUAUUUUCUGUCUUAAUGGGAACCAAAAAUUGUACUGUUAUUAGGCUUAAUGGGAACACGAAUAUGUCAUGCUUUAUGGGAACCAAUUAAUAAUUGAAUAGAUGGGAACUUUUUUCGAAAAAUUCUUUUUGAUUUUUUUCCAAUAUUCAUUAGAGGUACGAUUUUUUAAUGAAUUCUGAAAGUUGGAAUCAAUUCAGAUAAUUUUAAUUCACACACUUUUCAAAUAUUUCAAAACAUUUUUUCUACAAAAUUUCAAAACACAUUUUUCAAAUGUAUGUGCCAAAAAUCUCGACCAGAAAAUUACAAUAUCCAAAUUUGAAAUGAACAACUCAAUGCGAAGCUUUAGUUCUGUUUAAAAUCGGACCACUUCUCAGAAGUUCGAAAUAUAUCGAAAAUUUUGAACAGAUUGUCGACACCCGUCAAAAAUUUUCGCACCUUGGUGCUAAAAAAAACCGCGUCAAACGAGAAAGAGUGCACGAAUUUUGAAGAGACCGAGAUGCAUGUUUUGGGAAGUCUCGUACCCGUCAGAAAUAAUCCAGGGAAAACAUGUGGAUUUAUCUAUUUGAAAAAUUAUUUUCAGGUAAAUCUGUGAACGAAAUUUUCAGAAAACUCGAAGUUAACUCUAAACGAAAUAAUAAAGUUCUGAAAAUCUUUUUUAUAAUCAAAAUUGAUUUGUAAUCAAAUCUUAUCAUUAUUAUUGAUAUAAAAAAUCUUCCAAAGAUCAGAAUUCCUCUAGACGUAAAAUUUUUUACAGUCCGCUUUAGAAAACAACUGUUAUAUAUGACACACUUUGGGACUUAUGUCUUUUUCAGAAAAAAUAUUAUGAAAAAAACGAAUUUUUACAAAAAAGUGUGAAUUAAAAUUAUCUGAAUUAAUAAGACCUGAAUUGAUUCCAACUUCCAUAAUUCAUAUUAAAAAAUCGUGCCUCUAAUUAAUAGUGGAAAAAAAAAUCAAAAAGAAUUUUUCGAAAAAAGUUCCCAUCUAUUCAAUUAUUAUUUGGUUCCCAUAAAGCAUGACAUAUUAGUGUUCCCAUUAAGCCGUAAAUAAAACAGUACAAUUUUUGGUUCCCAUUAAGACAGAAAAUAUAAUGCAAAUAUGUUCCCAUAAAAAAGGGAACGGUUCCCAUUUUUUGUUCCCAUAAAAAUGGGAACUGUUCCCUUUAAGAAGUUCCCAUGCAGUAAUUGCCGUAUUUUUUGCAGUGAAUGAGAAAACCAAACUGUUUCAUGACUUGGGACUUCCAAAUGUUGGAGAUCGUUUUAAUCCAAUUUUUCCGGAGAAACAGGUAACUUUUUUAAAGGGACAUGGGCUAAAAUAUAAUAUAAUAUGCUUUUACACGAAUCUGAAAAUAUUUCCUGUUCUAGAAAUAUCAGAUGCCAGAUUAUGAUACACUUUUCAUUUGAAAAUUAGAAAAAAAAUUUUCCUGAAAUUAUUUAUACUUUUCAAAAAAUUUAAGACAACUAGAAUCUGAAAUUUUUUCUGAAUCAAUAAUAUUUCCAGCAAUUGAAGACGCAAACCAAAUCCGAACAACUUGACAAUGUUCCAUGUCCUCCUGGUUUUUCUGGUAUCAACUGCAGUAUUGGUAUGUUUCCUCUAUUUGCAAACAAUUUUUUUUAUCAGUAAAAAAAUUCUCAAUUCUUAUCUUUUCAGCAACAUGUUACAAUAGAAGUUAUCCAAUUUUGGCACACGAUGGAACUGCUGAAUUUGGUGAUUUGGUGGAGAGUGAUUACAGGUGAAUUCUGAUUUUAAGGGAAAAACGAGUCCAAAACAAUAUUUUUUCAGUGCAACAUGUUCUGACACUUUCACAUUCUACAUUGACAAUGCAAUUCCAAAAUUCUACGUUGUUUUGAAUACUUUUGAUGCGACAAAUCCGAAAGGAACAAUUUAUGAUUCUUAUGGAACUGAAGUUCAAUCAUGUGGAGAUUUUUCAUUUUCCAAGACUCAAACUAUUCAUCUUAUUUGUGAUCCACCAAAGGGAGUGUAUACUGUAAAGCUUUCAGCUGAUGCUAACAAGUGAGUUAGGGUUCAACAUGGUUCUUCAGGCUACACUCAUUAAAGUUUUAAAAAAAAUCAAUAAAUUAAAAAAGAGUUCCAAAAAUUCUUCCCGCGCAAGAAAGUAAUUCAAUUUUCUUGGAGUGACUGCGAGAGGGACAGACAAAAACACGAGAGAGUGUGUCGACUGGAGAGAGUGCAGACAUGCAGGGCCAGUUUUCUUUGAAUUAUCGCAUUAGAUUUGUUCUGCACGUUUAUUUUUCAAAACCUAUUUUUUAUCUUGAAUUCAAUUCUUUACUGAAAAAAAUUAUUUUUCAGACCCUGCAUUUUUGAAAUUCGCGCUCCAACAAAUCUCACAAUCGAUGGUGGAUUCAUCAGUGAUCAAAGAGACGAUGAUGUUCAACAGAUUAUUUUGGAAACUGCGAAUCAGGGAAUUUUCAGAUAUCCAACAGAGGUAAGAUCUGAAAAACCUCAUUUCAAAAAAAAAACAAAUUAUUUUCAGUUUGUCAAAAGUUGGUUCGCCUUCAAAGUGGAGCACGAAGAAUUCCCAGCUCAUCCAGAAGAAGUGCACAUCUAUAUGAACGGUUUAUACGAUCAAACCUUCGGAUUGAAUUUGAGAUAUGGUUGUGAUGCUCCACACAUCACAUCAACACCCUAUAAUUGCUCAUCUUCAAAUGUUUAUCAUGUGAAAGUUCGAGGUUAUGACAGUGAUGGAAAUCGAUUCCAAAGAAUUUAUGAUUUUUAUUGUGAACCUCCGGAGAAUGUUUCACCAACACAGAAUCCAGUUUCAACAACUCCACCAUCUUUUUGUCAGAAUGGAGGGAUUUUGUAUGAUAGUGUGAGUGGAAAUGUGGGGGGGGGGGGAAGAUUUUUCUUAAAAUAUUAAAUUCAAAAGGAUUCCUUUUAAGCCCAAAAUUCUGAAAGGGCAAUCUUUUCACUCAACGAUCGAAAACUAA